AUGUUUUGCCAAGAGUGCGUGCUUCAAAGUCACACGAAUAAUCCUUUGCACAGGAUUGACAUGUGGAACAACUUAUUUUUCCAGCGCAGCACCCUGAAACAAAUGGGUCUUUGUGUGCAGCUAGGACACGAGCCAGGCGAGAGGUGCUACAACCCUCAUCCCUCGGCUGGUGAUGACUUCAUUGUCAUCGACGUCCAUGGCAUGCAUGAGAUCGCACUGGACUUUUGUGGCUGCGCAAGCGCUCAAAUCCGCUACAAGCAGUUACUUUGCGCACAAUGGUAUCCAGCAACUACGUCAGAUCCUCGGACUGCUGCAACCUUUACUCUACUGGAGCACUUCUACAUCCUGUCUUUCGAGAGCAAGGUGUCAGCGUAUGAGUUUUACCAUUCCCUAGCGAGACAAAACAACAACGCGGGCCUGUCACACAUACGUGAUCGUUACUCCGCAUUCAUGCGUAUGAUUCACAAAUGGCGACAUCUCAGGCAGCUCCAUCGUGCAGGGAGAGGCCACGAUCCUGCUGGCGCCAAGGCCACGACUGCAGGUGAAUUAGCCGUGCAGUGUCCGGCAUGCCCCCAUCCUGGCAAGAAUAUACCACAAGACUGGCAGAAUGAGCCAUUAUUGGUUAGGUGGAAAUACGCUCUAUUCAUUGCAAUUGAUGCCAACUUCCGGCUCAAACGCAAGGCAGUAUCUUCGGAUAAUAGAGAUCCUAGCCUGAACUCUGGGUGGGCUUAUUUCGUCGAGGAGGCGGCAUACAAGUCAUAUUUGGCUGAUCAAGCUGGUGCAAAGCAAGAUUGCAGUACAUGUGUUAGUCAUAAUGCCGUCAAUAUGGCAGACACAAAGUCUUCGCAUGGCUUGGCGGCAACAGGUGUUGGCGCAGUCGAUUGCGCCAGGCAUGACAUGAAACUUGUGAAUGGUGUCGGUGACUUACAGAAAGGCAAAAAAUACAUUAACAUGGACUACCUCGUGUUCUCGGCACUCCUGGCCUUCACGGUAACCAUGAUCAAUAUUUCUUACGACAUCGCAUGUCAGUGGCAUAAAAAACUUUGGACGCGUAUGGAAGCCAUGCCGCCGAGGUUACACAUUUCUCAUACUUCCAUGACCGUCCGGUUUUUUCGCACAUUGACCAAUGUCAAUGAAAAAUUCUCCUUCAAUUGGUCAAAACAUGUGGGACGAAUCGAUGGUGAGGCUCCUGAGCGCAGAUGGUCCAAUAUAAACCGGGUCGCGACGAGCACAAAGGAGAUGGGUCCAGGAUCGCGUCAUGAUACACUCGAUGAUCACUUUGGGGAUUGGAACUGGAAGAAAGUGAUGGUGCUAGGCCAGACUCUCUUGCGCAAGAUCAGUGACACUGUUAAGUGGAAGAAGGAGCAUGGGGAAGGACUGGCUGAACUAGAGAGGACCAUUCAGCCUACACUCAUCCUUCAGUGGAGGACAGAAGUUGAGGCUUGGGAGGAGGACGGCUCUCAACCUAAUCCUAAUGGUAUUCCAGCUAUCACACAAGCCGCAGUUCAUCUACAGCUCGCUGAGCUUGAAGCCCACGAACUUCAGGCUGGGACCAACGUCUCCCUACAUACCGACAUUUCUCCAAGUAGAUUAAUCACCACCGGCAUUGAUCUCCAAGACCAACAACAGCGCUUGAAGACUGAUAUGGCCAAUGCAUCUCUUCACCCCAUGGACAAGCAGAAGACUACUAUGCAGACACGUGUCACUGCCCUUCAACGUCAGCUGGAUGCUUGGGCUCGUGUCCAGGAGUUAUACAUGCCCAUCGUGUCCCAGUUUCAUCAACGAUCUUCAGAAGCUGGCGUGAUGAAUACGAUGCCACUCAAGCCUGAGAGCUUUAAGCUGUGGCUCCCGUCUGAGCUCCAACCCACAGUAUCAUGUGACAAGAAGCUGGCUGCACACAAAUGGGACCUACGGCACACACAGGCACUGGAUGCUCUCAACGAGGUGGCUUCUACCCGUGCACAGGCCCUCAUCGAAGGCGUGGAGAUGAGAAAACGGGCUAGUGUUGACAAGUAUCGACGUGCACGUAACGCUCUGUUAGCUCUCGGCUAUCAACUCGAUAAGUCGGGCUGGGACAUUUCCCUUCCGCCACUCUUGGAUUCAGAUGUGAGGCCUAUGGGUGAUAUGGAGAGACAAGGGACUGGUACCAUCUCUUGGAUCUGGCUAGACUCACAUGUGGACAAUAGCAGCUCAGAGAAUGAGCGAGUUCAGGAUUGUGUUCGAGUAGAGUGGUGCAAAGUGUGCGCAUGCGCAAACCGUUGGUCGGAAGAAGUCGAACUUCUCCUCGAGGAGAUGCGGAGAGUUAUAGUCUUCUUGAAGUGGCAGGCGGAGUGGUGGGGUGGAAAGCAUAGCUCUCGAGCCUCGGAGUCAGCAGCUGAACAAGAAGGGCUGGCUGCAUAUGCAUGUCGACAGGCUAUGCUGUGUCUAUCCCUUGUCGCAUCCUUUCAGGCCCUAUGGAAAGAUGUACCGAAGUUCGUAAGCGCCACCUUGGAGAUCCCACUGGACAGUGAGGAUGAACCUACCAUCGACGCGCAGCCCCAGUUGUAUAACUGA